AUGGCUGGAAUUGGCUCACCAGAGGAUGACCCCUUUGAUUUCCUCUUCAAAAUAAUUCUGAUUGGUGACUCAAAUGUGGGAAAGACGUGCGUAGUGCAACGCUUCCAGUCAGGCGCCUUCAGUGACAAACACCAAAACACGAUCGGGGUAGACUUCUCAGUUCGCUCCCUAAACAUUGAUGGCAAAAAGGUCAAGGUUCAAGUCUGGGACACAGCUGGCCAGGAGAGAUUCCGUACAAUCACCCAGAGUUAUUAUCGAAGUGCUCAUGGGGCCAUCAUUGCCUAUGACCUCACUCGGCGCCAGACCUUUGAAUCUGUUCCUCACUGGAUUCAUGAAGUGGAGAGCCUUCCCUUUCUCUUUUCCUUGCCUCCUGUUCCUUGCCUCCUUUUCUGUAAUAAGUCAGAUCUGGCAGAGAAUCGACAAAUCUUGUUUGAAGAAGCCUGCACGUUGGCAGAGAAGUUUGGCCUACUUGCUGUCUUGGAGACUUCAGCUAAAGAAUCUCGGAAUAUUGAUGAGGUCUUCCUCCUUAUGGCAAAAGAACUGAUUGCCCGGAACACCCUGCACUUCCACAAGGACGGACCGCGGAACAGUUUUGUGCUGGACUCACGGCCUAUUGUGACAGCCAAUGAACCAGAGAAAAACUGUCUUUGUGGGUAA